CUUAUGGUGAUUGUGUUGAUGUGAGUACUGUGCGUCGUUGGGCGAGUAAGUUUAAAGAUGUUGAGGUGGGAACAUCUGACUUGCGCAACAAACAAAGAGUUGGACGACCUGUGACAGCAACCACCAAGUUUCACAAGCAAAAGGUUGACAGAUUGAUUCAGGAUAAACGUUGUAUCACUCAGAGAGAAAUUUCAAGCAUAAUCGGCAUUUCACAAGAACGUGUGAGUCACAUUAUUGCUUUGCUUGGCUAUUGGAAGAUCUGUGCACGAUGGCUACUGUGAGAUGCUGGUUGUGGAAACAGACUGUCGAUUUCCUCCGUGACGGCUUCAGAAAACUUGUUCAUCAUUGGCAGAAAUGUAUCCAAUUGUCUGGUGAUUAUGUGGAAAAGUGAAUAGUGGUAGUUAAAGAGCACAUUCUAAGGAUUAUUUCUGUGUUUGAUUUAUUAAAAUAUUCGCAUCCAAACCCAAGUAACGAAGGUAGAGGCAUUACUUUUCAUUCAAUUCUCGUGUGUGUAUACUUAAAAAAAUUGAAUCUUUUCAGAUUUACAUUAUACAAAACACCCAGGUAACAGAAGUAGAUGAAAUAAGGAAGACCUUUGUGGGUUCAUAGUGUUUAGAGACAGAGUUAGGGUUCUGUGGGGGGAAAGUUUUCUGAAGGGUUGCAAGACUCAAAAAGCUUGGGAACCGCUGUCAUAGACAGUUGAUUCCUGAAAUGGGCAACUCAUAUCAUUAUGACAGACAUGUCUUUUGACAGUGACACCUUACUCCCUUAAUACCACCGUUAUGGCCUAUGUCAACACUGAUGUCAAGAGAGUAGACAGAGUAAACGUGUGAAGUCACUUGUAAAAAAAAUGGUCAAAUGCAAAGAAUGGCAAACAAGAGAAUAUGUUUGUUUGGUGAAUGUGUGUGUGUGUGUAUUUUCCCCCCAACUGAGUAAGGAAACUGUCAGCAAUGAUGCAGUCUCAUAAGUGCUUACUGGAGCUGAACAGUAUAUAUAAGGCUAUGCGAGACAACUAGGCAGUCACUCGAAGAUUCUCAAGACUUCCAGAGGUCCUACAGAAUUAGGAAGACCUCCCUUCCCUGCUUCUCCAGAUCUUCUCCAAGUGUCCAAAGAUGACAAACAUGAAAAGCAUGUACUUUGUGGCUGGGUUGGUUUUGAUGAUUGUUCAAAGCAGCUGGCAAAGCCCCCUUCAAGAAACAGAAGAGAAAUCCAGAUCAUUCAAAGCUUCCCAGGCUGAACCAUUAGAUGACUCUAGACAGCUGAACGAAGUGAAACGGCACUCACAAGGUACAUUCACCAGCGAUUACAGCAAGUACUUGGACACGAGGCGAGCUCAAGAUUUUGUGCAGUGGUUAAUGAACACUAAAAGGAGCGGACAACAAGGAUUUGAAGAGAAAGAGAAAGAAAAUCUACUGGACCAACUCUCAAGCAAUGGACUUGCCAGGCGUCAUGCCGAGUACGAGAGACAUGCUGAUGGCACCUAUACCAGUGAUAUCAGCUCUUACUUGGAAGGUCAAGCUGCCAAGGAGUUCAUUGCUUGGCUUGUGAAUGGACGAGGGAGAAGAGAUUUCGUGGAAGGAGCUGGUGCGGCUGAAGAUGUUGGCAGAAGACACGCAGAUGGCACGUUCACCAGCGAUUACAACAAGCUCCUGGACGAUAUGGCUACCCAAGAGUUCUUGAAGUGGCUGAUUAGCCAAAAAGUGACCCAGAGGGAUCUGGUGGGAGAGUACCAAUGAGUUCCAGAAGAAAUAUUACCUAUCAGUCAAGGUCUUCAAUUCAUCUGCUACCAGCCACCAGAGAUUUUUUUUUUUCAGGCUUACACAUUCUGUACCCUAAAGCCACACAGCUUGGCAUGCCAGGAAAUGAGUUGAACCAUUUUAACCUGCUACAAAAUGAUUGUGUAGUGAAUAUACCUUCAUCAGCUGGACAUAGCUAAAGAGUUUGUUGGUGUAAAGACUGUAGGUUUUUGGAUUUUUCUGUUUAUUUAAGGAAGAUCUCAACAAAUGCCCUAAACCACCGUGUUUACAUUUAGCAAUGAUUUUUUUUUCUAUGAAGGCAAGGUGUGCAUAGAAAGGAGGCAACACUCAAACACAAAAACAAAAGUAACCACAAUGCUGGCAAGUCAAAAUUGUGUAGAAAUGUCCCUCUUGAAACCUUUGUUAUAAAAAGGAUCCACUUUCCAGACACCAGUUGAUAGUCUUAAAUAAAAUAUGUAUAUAUUCAA